UAAGACCGGCACGGGUGCGCACAGGUGUGUGACACACAGAGCUGCGGUGUGCGUCGCUGGUGAAACGUCCUCUCCUCUCCUCUCCUCUCCUCUCCUCUCCCCGUGGAUUGAUCUCUCCUGGAAUUUCUUCCAGAAGCUUUCGGCCUCCCCUUCACUUAUGUUCGCGGGGAGCCCCGGGGCAUUCUGGGAAAGCUCAGCCCAGAGACCCUCUCUGCCGUUUGGAGUUUUUACGGAUUUGUCUCGUCGCGCCCGGCGCAGCUAUGUGGCGGUGGACGGUCGUUGCCCUCGCUCUGUCUCGCGUCGUGGGUGUGCUGUCUGUGAAUAAUACGGUGUACUUGGAAUCCAGAGAUUUCCGUCACAGACUGCACUGGCCAGGUGAGCAGGACCCCACGGUCCGCUACAGCGUCCAGUACAAAAUUUACGGGGAAGAAUGGAAGGACAAGAAGGAGUGUCAGAACAUCACUUCCUUGUCAUGUGACCUGACGAACGAGUUGAGUGACAUAAGGAAUUACUACUACGGCAAAGUGACGGCCAAUGGCGUCAAGCUCGGCCAAUCUGUCAGAUUCCACCCGCUGAGAAGCACGGUCCUGAGUCCUCCCGUUGUGACCAUAACCCCCAGCGUUCGGUCGCUGAGCCUGAGCGUGACCCUCCCCAGCGGUCCCGACCCCAGCCAGUCCAUGGCGGACUUCAUCCUCCCGGAUCCCAUCAGCUACAAGGCCAACCUGACCUACCACAACAAGACGCAUAAGAUAGUCAUUAUAGAGAUGACAACAAAUUCAUCGGAGAUCCAGUUCAACCGCCUGCAAAACAACACGGAAUACCAUGUGUCUGUGCGCUAUGUGCUACCUGUGAACAAACAGAGCGAAGCCUUUCAGCGCACUGUGAAAACCCUCGCCGUCCCAGACAGAACGGAGCUGCUCGCCAUCCCCGCCCUGCUGGCCGCGUGCGUCCUGCUGACGUCCUCCCUGGCGUUCUGCCAGAUGUUCGUGCGCAGGAAGUCCCUCAUGCCGGACGUGCUGAAAAAUCUGGCAAGCAGUGGUUCGCUGCCAGUGAUCCGCUUUCCGGCAGAGAGAAUCACCACCCCGGAGGUGUACGCGCGUGUGACAGACGUGUGCGUGGACAAGAAACCCCCUUCGGCCCCCCCCCAGGCCCGGUGGUGACUCCUACACCCCCCAGGCCUGCGACCCCGACGAGCAGUCGUGGCACUGCAAGUCCUACUCCAGCCAGCAGAGGGAGCCAGACGUGCAGUCCAACAGCAGGGGGUCCUCCACCAACUACAGCCUGGUGUUCGUCCAGCGGCAGGA